UGAGUGGGUCACAGGGUAGGAGUAUUUUUCAAGCACUCCCAGACAGCUCCUGAACCCUUUUGAAUGUUGGCCUGGAGGUUAUUUCUGAUCAAGAAUGGACACCAGAAAUCUGUAUGAGAAGGGAGAUAGGCACUUCCUCUAGAACAGGGAAGUGGAAAUCAUUUGAGAUGCUCCAAGGGAUCAUUUGAAACCCUUUAAAUAUAUGUCCCGGGAAAAGAGGACUUUAUCCUGACUAGAUUUCUGACCUGGAGAGUACCUUCAAAGACAAAGAACAGUGAGGUCAUAACACAGAGAGGGUAAAAGGGACAGGCAGAAGAGUGAAGGAAGUCUCCAUAAACUGAGACCAUUGUGUCCAGGAUAGUUUGAGAAGCCAUAUGAGAUUUAAACAAACGGAGAUUUGUUUAUACCUUUCUGAUACAUGCAUGAUCUUUUGGGAAGUCGAUAGAUUUCUCAGCAAAACACUUGUUCAAAAUGCAUAUGGUCUAAAGCGCUAUCUACUAAUUCCAUCAACAGCCCCCACUGACUAGUGUAAAUCCAGAGGGCAGCUGGGCAUUUGGGUUCUUUCCCACUCAGGCAAUUGGAGGCUCUCAGUCACCCCAAUAUUCCCCACUGCCUAAACAUUUGCAGGUUUAUAGGGGCAAAUGUACACAAUAUUACCAAAUGGGAAAGGCUCUGAAAAGCACCCAUUUGAUCAAUGUUGGAGAACUGUGUUCUCCUGUCGGUUUCUCUUUUUUAAAGAGGUCAAAAUUUUGCCUCUCACAAUCCUUUGACUCAUGGGUGAGAAACCAGAGGAAGCAUGGAUGGCCCAUAGCAAGUGAACAUUUCUCCCAGCAAUAAACACAUUCCUUUGACUCACCCCCAGCCAUGGAGCCCCGGGGUUGCAUCUCCAGUUACAAAGGACAGCACUGGCUUCCAGUAGAACAGAGCUACUACUAAUCCCAUGAUCACACCUGAUAUUGUCCGCCACAUCCCUGUAAAAAUACAUUUCCCGGAAACUAACAUUUGGUCCUUAAGACAAUAGCCCCGUGCCAAUCUCAAUACCUGCUUCGACAUUACAAAUUAACACACGAGAAAGCAACAGAAUUUAAAAUUAUGUCUCACCCACCAAAACAUACAUCUGCGAAAAUUAUGCGACGCUGGAAUCUAAACUGGUCUGAAUUUAUAAAAAGCCAACAGGCAUGGAUACACAUUCUCAGUUCUCGUGGCCGUGGCCAUCCUAUGCAACAGCCCCAGUGGCAGACACGAAUGUUCCUGUACAGUAUUUGUUAUUAUUUGAGGACACGAGACCAUCGAAGGGGGCCGUUUGGGCUUUAACCUUCUAAGGCUCUGCCCAGGACUGCCCGAUGAUGAACGCCCACGCCGUCUUCUUCCACCAAAGGUGGAUCCUGCUAUCCGGAGCCUCCGGAUCGUGACCGUAGUGCUUCUGUCCCCGGCUCUGGGGAAAGCCUCAUCUUAGCAAGUGGCCCUCAGCGCAUCCGGCAGAUCCGCCCGCGACGCGGAGGCCGCGGCGGUUUCAUCAUUAAUGCUCCUGAAGGACAAUAGCUCAUCAAGCCCCACCGAAAGCCCCGGACCCGUCGCGGAGCCUGGGCUGGCGGGGGAUGAGGCUGAGCGACUCCUCCUAGAGGUGGUUAUGUGGAGAAGGAGCAAUCCCUUCUCCCUCCUCCUCCUCCCCCCGCUACUAUCCGCGGCCCGGAGAACUGCCGCUUGCCGCCAUUGACAAGCACCGAUAGAACCCAAAGAAAGGCAAAGAGUCCUGCCCGGCACCGGCGCCGCGCGGGCCGAACCUGCGCCCCGGGAGCGGCGCGCCGAGGGCACCGGGCGCCCGGAGCAGGCGGCGCAGCACCAGCAUCGUGUUAGUGCCGGGAGGCCUCCGUGUCAGCAAGCUGAGAGGGAAACUGAGGCAAGAUGUCGGGCCGGAGCGGGAAGAAGAAAAUGUCCAAGCUGUCCCGUUCGGCCAGGGCCGGUGUCAUCUUCCCCGUGGGGAGGCUGAUGCGUUACCUGAAGAAAGGGACCUUCAAGUACCGGAUCAGCGUGGGUGCUCCCGUCUACAUGGCGGCAGUCAUCGAGUACCUGGCAGCGGAAAUUCUAGAACUGGCUGGGAAUGCUGCAAGGGACAACAAGAAGGCCCGGAUCGCGCCGAGACACAUCCUGCUGGCAGUGGCCAAUGACGAGGAGCUCAAUCAGCUGCUAAAAGGAGUGACCAUUGCCAGUGGAGGUGUCCUGCCCAGAAUUCACCCCGAACUGCUGGCCAAAAAGCGAGGGACCAAAGGCAAGUCGGAAACUAUCCUCUCCCCUCCCCCAGAGAAAAGGGGAAGGAAGGCGGCGUCAGGCAAGAAGGGAGGCAAGAAAUCCAAGGCUGCCAAGCCACGGACGUCCAAAAAGUCCAAACCAAAGGACAGCGACAAAGAAGGAACUUCAAAUUCCACCUCUGAAGAUGGGCCAGGGGAUGGAUUCACCAUUCUGUCUUCUAAGAGCCUUGUUCUAGGGCAGAAGCUGUCCCUGACCCAGAGUGACAUCAGCCAUAUUGGCUCCAUGAGAGUGGAGGGCAUUGUCCACCCAACCACAGCCGAAAUUGACCUCAAGGAAGAUAUAGGGAAGGCCUUGGAAAAGGCCGGCGGCAAAGAGUUCUUGGAAACAGUAAAGGAGCUUCGCAAAUCCCAAGGCCCUUUGGAAGUUGCUGAAGCCGCUGUCAGCCAAUCCAGCGGACUUGCAGCCAAAUUUGUCAUCCACUGUCACAUCCCUCAGUGGGGCUCCGACAAAUGUGAAGAACAGCUUGAAGAGACCAUCAAAAACUGCCUGUCGGCGGCAGAGGACAAGAAACUCAAGUCCGUGGCGUUCCCACCGUUCCCCAGCGGCAGAAACUGCUUCCCCAAACAGACGGCCGCCCAGGUGACCCUCAAAGCCAUCUCGGCCCACUUUGACGACUCGAGCGCGUCCUCGCUGAAGAAUGUCUACUUCCUGCUCUUUGACAGUGAAAGCAUUGGCAUCUACGUGCAGGAGAUGGCCAAGCUCGACACCAAGUAGCUGCCCGCCCGCCCGGCCGCGCUUGCCCUCGGAGCAGGAUCCAAGUCACGGGAGUGGGGCUUUCUUUUUUAAAAGGAGAGAGGAAGGGUGACGGCAGGGGAGUGGAGGGCAGUUGGCAGGGCAGCGGGUCACGGGGGCCGCGGGAGCGGGGCCUGCCCACAGAAGGAGCCCUCUGCCUUUUCUAUUCUCGUUUAAAAGAGCCUCCAUCUGUAAUUAA